AAGAUCGGCUGUUGACCAUUUUGACCCAACUACACUCACACCCACACAGUCCCACAACAACCGAUCCUCAAGAAUGAAGCGACUCUUCGGAUAUAAAGCCCCAGCCGAAGAGCAGGACGACAACAGCAGCAUCGCAUCUUCCAAUCAGCACCUCCAAACAACCGAUCAGCAGCUCCGACGAGAUCCAGGAAGGGCGCGUCAUUCGGUAGCCGUCUCAUCCUAUCCCACUCAGACCGAUCGCACUCUCGGCAUCAAUCGACAACCUAAUCUUCCAUCCUCCCGAUCGCAUGCCCACAUCUCACGGAACUCGUUCCACCCGACCAGCCAAAUCUCCAAACGAUCCAUCUCAGCCUCAUACGUCUCCAAGGCACCUUCCCAACAACAGAGGUUCCCAGCCUCACGUGUCUCUGGCCCUUAUGGACGCGGUCGCUCAUUCGCCCCUCUGGCUUCUACGCCCGAGAAACCCAAGACACGGAUCGAGAAAAUCAAGACCAAGAUCCAUCAGAAGUUGGAUCUCUCGAGUUAUUUGGAUUGGCCAGCCGAUAAAUGGAUGGAGAUCCAGGAAUAUUUCGAGCUGAUGGAUUGGGAUGAACUAGGCUAUACUUUCGCUCUCGGCUUGAAUGGCGUCCAUCUCCUCAUCCGCUUUCUCUCCGGCCUCGAAAGCAUGAGGCGCAGCCACAUGGGCAAUCAACAACUCAACAAGUCUUGGUUCUCUUUUGGCUUUGUUGAAGCAAUGACAGUAUGUUCGUUUUUGAUGUGCAUGUAUUCCUGCUACAAUACAUAUAUGUUCUUCACAGCUCGAAGAGCAUACCAAUUACACCACCGCGAAGAUAUGGUGAACUCACCAAACGUUACUUUAGUUCAAUCACCUACUGCUCCUCAGGAAGAACCGCCAAGCUGGCGAGAAGUGACGCUGAGCCUACUGAGAAGGUUUCUAUCUUCUUGCAUUGGAUGGCCGAAUUCGGAAAUCAAUCAAUUACCCAAACCUACCCAAGUCUACCAACUCAACAUUUCGCAGAUCGAUCCUGUGAAACUUAAGGUCUUCAUUGUUUAUCCUCCGCCUCAAGCUUUCCUAAUACAUUUCGCCAAUUUCUCGGAAAGUUGCUUGCAUUGGGUAUUGCUCAUGACCGUCCUAAUCUACCAAAAUUAUUUCAUGGUCAAUCAUUUUUCUCAACUCGUGAAGGAUAAAGAGAUCAUUCAAGCCGAAGUGAUGCACGAGUACAACACCAAAUUCGUUUAUCCUAAGGCAUUUCCUCAUACAAGAGAAGCUUCAACGAUGACAAGCUCUGCGGAAUUCAUUCGUCGUGAAGAUUGGAUGAGCUACUGAAUCCUGCAAAUAAACUAAAAACAAAUCGGUUCGAUACAUUACUGACCUGGUUUUGCACCCUCUUCUUUUUGAGUUAUGACCAUCAUCAAAGAUACAUCCAAUCCAUCUUCUCAAAUAUCUUUCUUUCUCUCUUUAGACC